AUGACUAUACUCGACACCAAGGAUAAAGAAAAGGUGAAACGGACGGUUCCCAAGCCAUCCAAUAAAAUCAUCGAUGCGACCGUGGCUCGAUUGUACAUUGCGUUCCCCGAUUCGUCUUCGUGGGUUUUCACAGGUCUCAGUGGAGCUAUAGCCUUGGUCGAUGACCUUGUUGGUCAUAGUUUUUUUUUCAAGCUGGUAGAUAUAUCCGGAAAUAGGGGUGUCCUUUGGGACCAAGAAUUGUACGUUGAUUUCCAAUAUAAUCAGGACAGGCUUUUUUUUCACACGUUUGAACUAGACGACUGUCUGGCGGGCUUACUUUUUGAGAACAAGAGUGAUGCUCAGAAUUUUUAUAAGCGGGUGACCCAUCGACAGAAGUAUGCGUCCAAACAGACAUUGCAGAACAAGAAAGCUAUCGAAUUAAAACGCAAGCCUCAGGCUGAAGUGGCUCAAGUUGGCCUGCGUGGUGAUAUGUAUACUGACGAUGAGUCCCAGCAGACCACUAGAUCCGGUAUAUUGAACGAACAAAGGCAGCGCAGAAUUCAUAAUAUAAUAUACUACGAUAAGGAGCCGCCUCCAGAAUGGAGAUCCCUCUACAAAGAAUUGGAGAGCGUUGGUAUCACGGAAGACAUGAUCGCAGAGAACAGAGAAUUUAUUAAGGAUUAUAUUGCCAAGCGUGGGGGACCUCUUGUAGGCCUAGAACCGCCUGUACCUCGGAAGUAUCAGUACAAGGUCGACGCUAAGCCGGCGACAAUUGCUUCGCCUCGUUCUCGUAGUGGUACCGUCGGUUCUUCGAGCUCCUCUAGAAGAAAAAAGGCUCCUCCCCCUCCACCUCCGGGUGUCAGUGCUGGAGGAAGAAAAGCAUCAUCAAAUUCUGUAACCACCGAAUCGGCUUCAGGAUCUACUGAUUCUCUUGGGUCAAUUCCUGAGCCCGCUGCUUCAGCUAGGUCUGGUCCUGGCUCUACUACAACGUAUUCAGUACCUCCUCUUCCUGCAUAUCUACAAAAUAAUUCGCAGCAGAAUGCUACUGCCUACUCUGUUCCUCCUCCUCUGCCACCUUCUCAACAAAGGCCUGUUCCUGCUGUUCCAUUUCUUCCUCCCCGUGGUAAUCCUGUGGUAUCACCUUUUGCAAGAGUCAAUAAUCUUGCUCCUCCUCCACCUCCUUCCAGAAACAAUGGAAGUUAUCAACCUUUUUAUCAACAACAGCCAUCCCAACACUCUGGAAAUAGAGUGGCUCCACCACCUCCUCCUCCUAGAAGAGCCGGUCCACCUCCUCCCCCUCAUAGAAAUUAUAUUCAGUCUCAGCCUCCUGCUCAGAUCACCCCCCUAACUCCUCCUAGAGUACCUCCCGUUCAGCUCCAACCACCUCCUACUAGUUUUCCAACUCUAUCGUUUCCCCCUCCUCCUGCUCGCAAUACGACUGCUUAUAAUCGUCCAGCCGCUAUAACUCCUCAAGCUCAGGAAACUCCAGCAGUAGUGCAGGCUCCAGAUUUCAUGACACCCACUGCUUCCGUUUUUGUUCCUCCUCCUCCUCCUCCUCUUCCUUCUACCGCUCCUUCUAGUGUUACUGCCGCUCCACCGCCUCCUCCUGCUGCAUCUUCGGGCCCUUUUACUCCUUCACUACCUUCUACGGACCCUGGAAGAGGCGCUCUUUUGCAAUCCAUUAGAAGUGCCGGUGGUCUAAAUGCCCUCAAAAAGACGGAUAAGGCGCACCUUGAUAAGCCUAGUGUCAUUCUUCAAGAGGUAAAAGGUGAUACUCCAGCUCCUACUUCUUCUGCUGGUGGGCCAGCUGGUCAACCUGCCACGUUGGCAGAUGCUUUAGCCGCUGCUUUGAAUAAAAGGAAAAACAAAGUAGCUCAGUCCGACGACGAAGAUGAUGAAUGGUGA